AUAAUUUUUCUAGCUUGACUCAUCGCUUCUCUAUUCACAUAAACAAAUCAAACUAAAUUCAUUGAAGAAUAAAUUAAUAUUCUUCAUUAACUUAAAAUUUUUUCAAAAAUUUCGAUGUGAUUUUGUGCGCUUUAUUUUUCUAUAGUUUAUUAUUUUUUUACCACAGUAUUAAAAACUGUCAUUAAUUAAAAAACUAUUUAAUUUAUAUAUUUUUCUGUUAGUGAUUAAAAGUUAGUGUACGUUAAGAUGAGAGAAAAAAACGAAUUAAAUUAUAAUGCACCUUGCGAUAGAGUAAAUGAUAAUGAAAUGUCACCUUUACCACGGGCAUUUGGAUUAGAUGCUUUGCACAAUGUUUGUAGAGAAUUGUAUCCUGGUCAACCAAAUCCACUUACUGUCACUGCUGUUCUUAAAUACUGGCUCGGUGGUCCAGAUCCUCUAGAUUAUAUCAGUAUGUAUGAAAAUCCAGGAUGUCCUGAACUUGGUGUCCCGCCACAUUGGCAUUAUAUCAGUUUGGGUUUGUCAGACUUACAUGGAGACGGUAGAUUGCAUCCCAAAAGCAUGCCAGGGCAACCAAGUGGUUUUGGAUUCGAAUUGACAUUUCGUUUAGCCCGCGCGCCUGGCGAAAUGACACCGCCGACAUGGCCAGCAAACGUAAUGCAGCAAUUAGCUAAAUAUGUCUUCACAUCGGGUAACAUGUUAUUACCAGGUGACCACGUGUCUUGGCACUCGCCUUUGGGUAAAGAAAAUGGGCGCAUAACUCAAAUUAUGAUGGGCCGCGAUCCGCAGUUACCUCCAUCGAUAUCAACUCCUAAUGGAGAAGUUUCGUUUGUUCAAAUAAUUGGCGUGACAUCCGAAGAAUUACAAGCCGCCCAACAUUGGAACGGUUUGGGAGUGAUAAAUCUAUUGAAAACAACUCGUGGAUGUGGUCCUUGGCUCCUAACAGAUAUAAACCGGUCAUACUCGGUGAUGGACGAAGACCCAACAGCUGCUGAAAAAAUUCGAACUGGUAUUGAACGAGAGGGUUCUAAUCUAAGCGGAGUGUCGUCUAGAUGCUGGUGGGUGCAAAUGGCGAAUAAUGAAAGCCCUGGAAAAAAUCGAGAGAAAAAUAAAGAUGCUUCUGAUAACAAUGAGGAUAAAGAUGAUAACAAUGAAGACAAGAAUCAUUCGAUUAAUAAUUGUGCGGUUAAAGAGGAAAAAAUGCAAGACGACGCAUCACGUGACGAGGAUUUAUAUCAUAAUGAUAGUUCAGCUAUUAGACCGCUGACGGGAUUGCACUUAACUUUUAAUUUAGAGGCUGGAAAUAUUCUUUCUCUUGCUAUCAAAGGAAGAAUAAUGCAUGGAAGACAUUUUACAUUUAAAUCGGUAAUAUCACACACAGCGGUAACGAUCGUUGCGUCUUCGGUCACUGGGACACUUGUGUCCAGUGAGAAACCGUUUGUUGUACAAGGACCAUGGUUACAAGUACUUGUUAAUGAUGAGCUGGCAGCUAAAAUGGCCGAUGAGUUUCAAAUUUUUAAUAAUCCUGCUCAGAUACAACUGCCGAAAACAUUUUCAUGGCCGGAGUACAAUCUCGCCAUAACAAUCGUAGCUGAUUAAAAAAAAAAAAACACUGAACUUUUCAUUGUU